AUGGAUUAUAUCCCAAAAGAAAAUGAAAUCGACGAAAUACAAAGCUUCAAAACUGCCAUGAAUCUCUGCGAAAGGUGUAAAAUUGACGCUAGUGGAUUAAAAACAAUCGAAAAUUUUAAAGAACGAUUACAUUUAUUUCGAAGAAACGAAACAAUUGAAAAUUAUAAUCGCUCCUGCGUAAGUGCUGUCAAUUUUUUGUCAGCUCAAAGGAUUGAAAACGCCUUCAGAAAAUUUGCGGAAAAUAAAAAGGAAUUAAUUAGUUUAUUAGAAGGAGUGAACAAAUCAAUCUUUCAAGGAUUAGAGCCAGAAUUGGUUGACAUUGUCGAAAUUUAUGAUGAACAAUAUUUAGAAAAUAUGAAUAAGUACAUUAGCCGUUUGCGUAGCGUAGAAUGUCCGAUUUUAAUCGCAGGAGAAGUAAGUGCAGGAAAAAGUACCCUGAUUAAUUUGAUCUUAGGCGAAUCAUUGUUACCUGUUGGCCAUUUACAUACCACAACAUGCGUAAGCAAGUUACGCUAUUCUACAAAUCGUUGCAUUAAUCUCUUUACUUGGAAUGCGAAUGAUAAGAAGUUAAAAUCUGGUAAAGAAAUAAACAUUGAUAAUAUUUCCGAUAUGGCUGCAACAAUUGAAAACGCCAUGAAAUCGAUGUCGAAAGCGUCAACAUCUACUAACAGAGGGGCAAAAAGUGGAGGUUCUUUUCAAUCGAACAGAGAUAAUAAGACUUAUGAAGAAACACCAAUGCUAUUAGCCUCAAUCUCUGCAGACGAUGUGGAUAUCGCUUGCGAUGACGCUGAUGAUUUAGAAUUAGCAAGCGGAAAACUGACUAUUCAAUGGGAUUUCCCGUUUCUGAAGGAUGGCAUAUUACUAGUAGAUAGCCCUGGAAUUGGUGAAACUUCUUUAGCAACUGAACAAGUCAUGAAAUAUUUACCAAAUGCAUGCUCGAUUAUUUAUGUAAUCGAUGUCAGCAACGCUGGGGGUAUGAAGGAGGAUCGACUUAUAAGACUUAUAACAGAAGCGCAAAAUCUCAAUACAGAAAAAUUUCAUCUAUUUUCUCCGGAAUCAGCAAUUUUUGUUUGUAAUAAAUGGGACACCAUUGCACGUGAAGACCAACAUGACGUUGAAAAUUGUAUUAAGGAGAAGUUAAAACGACUUUGGCCUGGUUUUCGCGAGUCUCAGCUAAUAUUGUUGUCCAGUACCAAUGUAAUAAAUCACCUUAAAGCUGGGUUUGUUUCAGACGAAUGGAAAUCGUUACAUUGCAUUAUUGCUCAACUCAUAGAAGACAGUUUGAAGAAAAUAAUAACAAACAGUAGCUGUUGGUUCUAUAGUUUAUUGGGGGUCAUAGCCAAUCGAUACCGCUUCAUAUCCAGAUGUUCUUACUUAAAUGAUGCUGUUCGGAUCUCUUACUUAAAGAGUCUGAAGAAUAAUACAAUAAGUAUUAAGAGCACUUUAAAAAAUCCAGAUUUUCAUGGAGAUAUCGUAAAGACUAUUGAUGAUAGAACUAAACAAAUCGCUAAUUCUUUGCGUAUAUUUCUGGACUGCGACGAUUUUAGAAACGGUAUGACGACCUGGAUAUUAGAGGAUAUUCCAAUUCGGGAAAAAGUUGCUGACCAGGAUAUUAAAGAACUUAUCUGUAUAUUAUUCAGUGAUCGAUUUAUUCGCUUAUUAACGCUCUGGGAAAAGAAACAUGGCUUACUUAGACAAUUUCAAGAUGAUAUCAAAAUAUCUUUAGAUGCACGUUAUGGUGAUGUUUUUCUUGCCUUAGCGAAUUUGGAAAAUUUAUUACAAAUAAAUGAUGACAGUUUCGAUUGUUUAUACGAUUUAAAUAUCACUUCAUCGCUUGGAGAAAUUAGUUUAAGGCUUGAUGUUACGCCACCUAACGUAACAAAAUCGUGGCGAAACUUUUAUACUACUUUUGGUAUUACCACUGGAGCUGUUGGCGGUGGUGUUGCAGGUGCUGCUAUCGGCCUUACUAUAGCCGAUGGUGUUGCUGCUGCCGUUAUUGGAGGAGUCAUUGGUGGUGUAACAGGUGGCAUUGGAGCAAUUAUUUCUGUUGUUGUUUUGGGUGUUCUAGUUGGUGUAGUGUGGUCUAGAAAUAAAAGAAAUAGACAAAGAAAGAGAAUUUUAUCAAUAUUGCAACAAAAUGCGCCUAAAAUACUUUUAGAAUUAGCUGAGAAACAGAAAGCUGACGAAAUCGCACAGAAAUAUGCUAAUCCAAUUAAGACGUUUGUCGAGGAUAUACGAAGGAAAAUAUAUCAGCAAAUAGAAGCCAAUGAAACUUUUAUUAGCCAAACUAGUGAGAAAAAUGGCUAUCAGGCAAAGGAUACAGCGCAAGAUAAGAUUGAUAUCAUUGAAAAUUUUAGAGAAGGCGUUAAUGUUAUCUUGAGAAAAUAUGACCACGACAUGUAA